GAGGAACCGCGUCUUAACCUUAAGAACCGACCUAUCUCUCCUUUCCCCGCAACCCUGUGGAUCCGAUCCGCGAUACACCCUCUUUCCGAACCGUGGCCGAGAGAGAUCGGUCGAACAUGCCUGCGUAUCGUUUCUCGCGAUAAUCGCACGGUCUCACUCUCCCGCGACGUUUGCCCACUCGCCUCGCAAAAAUAGAAGUCGCUCUCCCUUCCCCCCUCCCUGCGUGUAAUACGAGCCGACUCCCCAAUAUAGAGCGCUUUCUUUUGCGGCGUGGUGGCUAUUUUCGGCGUUGCGUCUCGCGAGAGAAUUUGUGCGCGCCACGAGAAUUUUACUCGCGUUUUUAGUCGCGCUUUCUUCGCCGCCCCUUUCCCCGCUAUGCCGAAUCCCCGUCUCGCCGUCUGGGCACGAAAAAGUGCAGGAGAGUGCAGCUAAACGUGGACGGAUGUUCGAGCGCUGGAUUCUGGAACGCGGAGCGAAGUCCGAAGUUCGGAAGUCAGCUGCGACUUGCGAGCCGAAUCUUCCGAGUCGAGAUUAUUCGAGGUCGAGGAAAAUAUAUCGCGUUCUAACCAACAAAUUUUCCCGACGAGAGACUCAUCGCGUGACAAUUUUGUUGUUGCUGCGCGUGGAGAUGACGGGGUACAUUCCGAUCGAUGAUAUUUUUUAACGCAUUGUUCCGACGUUAUUAACGGAGCUAGCUUUAAGGUUAUUCACGCGCUUCGGGACGCGAAAUUCCCGAUACGACUCUUCAAAGAGAUACUUUCGACGGCGGAGCAGCUGCGAGCGGCGGAACACGCGCACGUGUUCCGCGUGCGUGUGCAUCGGCCGACGGCUAUUUUCGGCCACCGGUGAGCGUGUCAAAGGGCAAGGCUAGGCGGCGAGAGGGCCGUUCGACCGUUCCGGGAGCUCUGCCAGUUGGCUCUCGACUAUGCUACGCGACGGACAGCGCGACGCCUCCUAGAGUCGCACAGUUCCGGAAAUUACUUUCCUCUGGCACGUCGACGACAUCGAGACUGGAGCAGUAGCGUCAAACGUACAUCGCCGGUUUUCGACUCCACGUUCUCUUCUUCUUCUUCUUUCUCUUCUUUCUCUUCUUCUUUACUUCUUUCGGAACAGUCGAGCACCAUGAGUAUCCCGGAGGGCGUCACCAAGUGCGUGGCCAUCCUAAAGGCGGUGGACACGGACUCUGAAAAGUUCGCCGCGCUGUUCAUGGUCACCAAGCUGGUGAACGCCAGGGAUUGCACCUCUGCCGCGAAGAAGAUGCUCUUCGAAGCCAUCGGAGCCAAGUUCCUCAAGAAGUUGCUGUCCAGCUCUAACGUCCCUGUGGACUGCCCGCCGCAGGUAUACAAGUCGGUGGCGUUGUCGGUUCUUUCCGCGUUCUGCAGCGAACCCGAAUUGGCCUCUCAUCCCGACAUGGUGGUACAUAUCCCGGCGCUCUUGGAGAUAGUGUCUCAGAUGGACGAGGACGCGCCGGACGACAUGCUGAUCAUCGUCAGCGAGGCUUUUACUUGCCUGCAGUGUAUCGCGCAACAUCCGCCUGGACAGAGAGCGUUGCUCGAGCAGAAAGCGAUUCCAAAGAUGUGCGACAUUUACGCGGAAAAGACCUUUCAGACGGACGAGGCUUUGAACAUUCUGGUCACGUUGGUCGGUACGUUUGGACCGGAAGCUUGGAGUUCGACGGACACCGCUCCUUUUCACGCUAUAAUCAACAAGAUAGCCUUGGACUUCGAGACUGAUCAUACAGAGAGAAAAUUCGAGCUAUGCACCAUUCUGCAGGCUCUACUGCAAUCCUGCAGAAAGGAAGUGAUAUCCGGGAGCGCGAAGGAAGAAUCCUGGCCGUUGAGCAUUCACAAGGGCCUGAACGAUAUUCUGGGGUCGAAAAUAGGCAAGAAGCAACGGGAUCCAGCUUUGAAACUCGCGUCCGUGAUGAUAGAUCUGUUGGGCGCGGAUUGGGCCAUGUCCGACAAGGAAAAGCCAAAGAUCUUCUUCCUUCUGCUCAUUCAGCUGGCGUCGAUCGAGGUCAGGAUGCAGUUGGAGGACAAGCAGCUUAAGGCCGUGGUCGAGAAUGCCGAUCUGAUCACGGCUUGCUUCAUCAUUCUCGAGAUCUCGAUCGGCUACAUCGUCACGGAUCAGCUGGAUUUGGAGCAGAAGGAGAAACAGUCUCUGUACACGGCGAUGAAGGGCGCUUUCGCGGCCGUUAUCGGCCUGCUCAGCUCCGUAUCGAAGAUGAAAACGUUGACGAAUGUGAAGGAGAAGAUGUUUGUGUGUGCUGUUGUCAGGGUGCUCACAGCUUGGAUGGCGCAGGAAACGAGCGCGAUGCGUCCUCAGCUUUACGCCGUGUUGCCGUACGUAUUGACGGUGGCUAACGAUACCUUUUACGCGCAUCGAAACAGAAAACUGGCCGAGAAAUGCAGAACUAAAGCGGACGAAGGAACAUCGUCCGGAGAACCGAUCGUUCGCGAUCCGAUGAGCGAGCUCGACAUAUUACGAUUACUCUUGCCCGCUCUGUGCUACUUGGCUGUAGAAGAGGGCGCGAGAAAGAUUCUUCUUCAGCAUAAGCAGGACGAGGUCCUGUUCGAGUGUCUGUCUUAUCACUGGACUAUCGUGCACUACAAGAAGCCGCCAGUGCCGAGAUCGGAACGUCUGAAGCUCUUGCAAGACGGCAACCGCACGGAGGAGCUGGAUUUGCAUAUUCUGGAGGAGAUGAAGGAUUCCAGAACCGCGAUGGUGUCCAUCUGUAACGUCCUGAUGAACAUCACCGUGCUGGAGGCGAAACUGGUGGAGGAGUCGCCGACGUUCAUCUCGCUGCUAAAGUUCAUCUACAACAAUCUGCCGGAGCUGAAGCAGAUCCCGGAGAACCUGGUAUUGCACGGUCAUCUAGCGGUCCUGGGUCUAUUGCUGAUGAAGCAACAGGCAAAACGCAUCAAGAAGAACGACUUCUCGAUAUGCCGUUACAUUCAGGCCACCAUAAGAUUUCUGUGGGACGCGUACAUCAUCGACGAGGGCAACGAUCCCACCGAGCUGGUGGUUGCCAUGUCUUACAAGGAACACUGGAUGGAGCUGAUGGAGCUCUGGUUUCUGGGGAUGCAGACGAUGGCCGGUGUGCUGCAAGUGAUACCCUGGCUGUCGCAAUUCACGAUAGAAUCCGGCUGGGCGGAGGAGAUCAUCGAGACGCUGAAACGAGUGAAAAUCGGCGGUCUGGAGCCGAACGUCAAGUCCGCCUUCGAGGAUCUGCUGUGCCACUUGGUGAAGGCGGACGAUAGCGUCGCGUCGGUGUUGAAAAAAUGCGGCGCGUUAACCGUCUGUCGAAAUCACCGUAUGAUGGAGCUUGGAAAGCGUCUCUUCGGGGACUAGGAGACUGAGCAUUGAGAACAUUUUUGCAUUAGCUUUUGGAUUUUUUGUAUUGCACGAGCGAUGUAAAGAAAUUUAUGCGGCAGUUGUAGAGAUAGCGAAAAAUUAAUUAGCCGAGACGUACCAAUUAAUCGAACUAUUGUAUAAAAAGUAAAAAUUUUGUAAAGUAGCUUCCUUAUAGUAUUUUGCGACUUGAAUUUAUCAUUUUACGCGUCUCCUUCCAACGAUGUUCGAAAUGCAUAUGUGCGCGUAGUCCAGUGUAUAUUUAGACGGCAUCACGUCUGGAAAUAGUUUCCUGGCAAGCAAGAAAGCUAAGAAGCGUAUCGUUCGAAGAAACUUUUCGUAAAUCACGUAUACAGAGGUGUAUUACUUUUCUCACGCAAGACUUUAAUAUGUACAUUACGUUUGUUUGUGAGAUAUUAUCGAGUGUGCUUUUUUUUUACUUCGCUACAUCGCGGAAGCGGAGAUCGUUGUAUUGAUGUUAAUAAUCUUAAGAUGCUUUAACGAGGAAUUUUGUAAUGACAGAAAUACUUUCCUAUUAAAUGGAGGAAUUUUGUAA